AUGGAGCUUGCUGGCGCCUUGACGGCGGCAAAGACACCGCUUGCGCGGGCAAUUUUUCUCAUGAUGUCCGCCAUACAUGGCGGUGACGCCGGGGACAAGAAGACGUGGUCGUGCUGCUACGCCAAUCGGUCGACGGCGGCGUCGCCCAGCGCGACCGAGGGAUGGCGGACGCUGCAGAAGGAAGACGGAGGCGCCACGCCGGUGGUGGAGAUGCACUAUCGCCUGGGCGAUACAGGUGACAGCAUGGUAAAGGUAAAGUGGGUUCCUAUGGACGACACCCAUUUGGUGCUAAUUCUGCAGAACCAAAACGACCCCGCCGUUUCGCGACUGCCAGUGAGCGUUUCAUUCUGCACUGAGGAUGAGCCGCUUGCGUCUGGUUUGUGCGGGACGACGCAGUGGACGGCGGAAACAGCACAGGCAGCCGUCGCACGGCUUCGGCCAGCACUAUUCGACUAUAUCACUCGACAGCAAGAUCGUUCCUGCCUCAGCAACAACAACACCGGUGGCGGUGGCGGCAGCGGCGGCGGCGGCGAAAACGGGACGACACUUUCGACGGCUGAAACGCAGCGGCAGGCAACCGAGAGUCGUCAGGAGUAUAUUCCUGCCGCACCUUGUCCCCCUGGACCACAGGGCGUCACCCGUCCCAUGUUCGCCGGCACGGGUCCGAGGCCACCCGGCUUUCGUUACGGUGAAGGCGACCUGGUGCCUGGCGGCAGUCUCUCCCCAGGGGGCAUUCCUGGUGGUGGAAUGAUGCUUGACCCCAGUGCUUUUCAUGGCAGCGGCGUCAUGCCUGCCCGCUAUGACCCCAUGUUCCCUGGUGAUGUGCCAGAUGGACGCGGUCUGCGGGGCCCGGGUGGGGGCCGUGCGUUUCCUGGAGAGCCUGACCCAGACAACUUUACCCCGCCGGGAGGCCCAGCCUUUCGAAUGGGCUUUGGUCCAGGAAAAGCUGGAGGCGUUGGCGGCGUUGGAGGUGGAGUUCCCCCGCCAUUUCUGUAG